UAUAUCUCUCAGCGCCAUAACCAAAUUGAUAAUAGAAACCGAAGAUACCGCGUGGUGGAGUGGGAUGGCAGCCGUCUUUCUCCUCGACCUGCACUUAACGGAUGCGCCUUUCUCUGCUAAUUCUUAAAAGCAGGUAUUAGCGAUGCCCGCCCCACGGCCACCAGCAACAUAAAGAAAGCCCGCGCCCUUGAUCAAGGGGGUCUUUUUCCUUCGCUCUCAUAUCUCCCGUUCAACAUUCAUCAGCAACUAGCAUUCUACAAUAAUUUCCCUCGAGGUUGUUGUACUUCUUGCUCUUCUACUGUUGGUGCUCCGUCUUCUUUGGCUCAGCUCCACCCACUGACGGGGGCUUCCUUUUAGGCCUUCUAGAAUCUUUUUAGUCUACUUUUUCUCAUCGCUCAGAUCUUAUCUCGGUCCCAUCUUACCGACACUUGCUACUCCAUUCUACUGCCGAAAUGACUCAACCCUCCACUAUCGAGCAGAGAUUCCUCUCUCAGCCUAACCAGCUAGGUGUUGUCGCGGUGGGCUUCAAUGGCGGCCAGUGCAAGCUUGGCGUCGAGGCUGCCCCUAUGGCUCUCAUCGAAUCCGGUCUCCUUGAUCAGCUGCGCGAAGACCUUGACUAUGACAUUCACUACGAUAACACCGUCCACUACUACGAGAAGCAGAUCCCUGCUGAAGACCCCGACCACCGGGGCAUGAAGAAGCCUCGCGCUGUGAGCGCUGUCACAGAGACGCUCAGCUCGCAGACCUACGAGCACUCCAAGGAGGGGAAGUUCACUCUAACCCUCGGCGGCGACCACUCGAUUGCGAUUGGGAGCAUCUCGGGUAUUGCCAAGGCGACCCGCGAGCGCCUGGGGAGGGAGAUCGGUGUUAUCUGGGUUGAUGCUCACGCUGAUAUCAACAUCCCCGAGCAGAGUCCCAGUGGGAACAUCCAUGGGAUGCCAAUGGCUUUCCUGACUAGACUUGCGAAGGAGGAGAAGAAGGACGUCUUUGGGUGGUUGCAGGACAACCACAUUGUCAACCUCCGCAAGCUCGUCUAUAUCGGACUGCGGGAUGUUGAUCGUGGUGAGAAGAAGAUUCUCCGUGAGAAUGGCAUCAAGGCUUUCAGCAUGCACGACGUUGACCGACACGGAAUUGGCCGCGUCGUCGAGAUGGCGCUCGCUCACAUUGGAAACGACACACCCAUCCAUCUGUCGUUUGACGUCGAUGCGCUCGAUCCUCAGUGGGCACCUAGCACUGGAACCCCCGUGCGUGGGGGGUUGACUCUUCGCGAGGGAGACUUCAUCUGCGAGUGUGUGCACGAGACAGGUAACCUCAUCUCCAUGGAUUUGGUCGAGGUCAACCCCAGCCUCGAUGCCGUGGGGGCAUCGGACACGAUUCGGACUGGGUGCUCGUUGGUGCGCAGUGCGUUGGGAGAUACCUUGCUGUAAACUGUAAUGUAUGUCAGUCAUUAAAGUCAGAUAAAAAGAGACUAUACAAUAAUAAUGAUUUAUGAAGCGAUCGCCCGGCUAUCGCGUUGUUGAAGUUGUUGUGUGAAGUGAUUGUAACUUGCGGGAGCGGAGUCCUGCCACCGGAAUUAAACAGUCU